AUGGCCACGCAUCGCCGGACCGACUUUACAGCCGCUAAUGACCCAGCUAGUCUGCGUGCGUUCAAUAGCGUCGGCGCAGCCCUCGGGGCCACGUUCGCUCUAAGUUUUACCGAAGCGUGUCUCACAAUAGAGCGUCGCCCUAUUCCGUUACGAUUUGCGGUUACAUUCGCUGCUCUAAACGUAUUCCCGAGCGCCGUAUGGAGUACCGUAUCCGCGCGCCACGUCGCUGCCGCGUCAAACGUGGCGCGAUCGUCUCUUGUACAGACUACAGAGCUCACUGGAUCGCGCUCUUCAACUGUAGGCAAGCGUCUAGUGCUCGUCAAGUCGGUGCGGGCGCUGCGUAUGAUUACGGGGAGUUACGGAGUCGUCUGGAGUUUCUUGUCGUCUAAUUGGAUAGGGCAGCGGCUGUAUCCCAACCGAGAGGUGUGUACGUAUACCGAAAGGGUACUCCGUCUCGCCCCUAUCGACUCAGCUCUAUCUCGAAUAUCGCGACGACGAUACGCUGACCAUAUCGUGGCCGUGCCAAUAGGGGAAAAGGGGAGCGGAAUAGAGCACGAGAACGAGAACGUGGCGUGGGAUAAAGUCGGUCUCGACGUUAUUUUACAGAAGGAGAUACGGAAGACGGUAAAGGUCAUGGAAGUGGAAAUUCCGGAUAAAACGCCAUUAGAGUCGACAAUAGCGUCCGUGCGGACGUUACAAGCGCAAGUGUCAAAGAACGGGCAGUCGUCGUUAUCUUCAGUGGCAGUACUGCCUCAUAGUGACCAAGUGAUGAUCCCUUCGUCAGUAGUGGCUACAUUUGACGUGUGGUUCAACCCAAUGUCAGCGGUUCUGACGUUCAUUGCUGCCGUUUGCCAUAAUCGCGAUGAGAAGCACGUGGUGAUUGUAGCAGAUUGGGCCGAAUCGGGUACAGACGUUGAUAAGGAGGUGGCAGAGGUCGAUGGAAAUGGCAGCAAAUUUAUCUCGAGGUCACUAUUGACAGGUGGAUUAUUAUACCGACAUGGGAUCACAAGUCGCGUGUGUAGCCAUGUCGAGGUGGAGAGUGUGGAGUUGAUGGACUCGAAGGUGGUCGUUCUUAUUGGCACAAGUUUGAGAGCUGCGCGGACGUUGAUGAGGAAGGUGAUUGAGCAGGGUGGGCUCGCGCAGGAUCAGUACCUGCCGUGCUUUGUCGUGGAAGAGAGUUUGGCUGGUCAAAGCGGGUUAAGUGAAGAGUGUCAAGCCCAUUCUGCCCUGUUGGAGAAGACCGUCAGUCUGAAGUCACUAGAGGAACUGGAAGGCGCAAUGGAUGAUCAGCAGGAACAGCCAACGUACUUUUCUAUCGCUGAUGUGAGUGACCAAACGCUGCAAGGAAUCCGCCAACUGCUACGCCAAGGAGAAGAGCCGGAUGCGAUCCAAGCAGCAUUGUAUCGAGCGUACGGCACUCAGCGUGUAGUUGCACCCCAUCGUCUCGACCAGUUUUCCAACAUGGACGUCUAA